AGUUUAAUAUUUCCAUUUGCAAUAGCUACAACUUCCCGAUUUAAAUUUGAAAAUCAUUCCCACUAUGGAAAAGUACAUCAGCGUCAAAGACUUGGAAAAUGCUGCUUUGUCGAUGUUAUCGAAAUCUACUGGAGACUAUUAUAAAAGUGGAGCAACAGAUGAACAGAGUCUGGCUGAAAAUAGAGAUGCUUUUAAAAGAUUGCGAAUACUGCCAAAGUGCUUAGUUGGUGUUGGGAAUACCUGCCUAAAUACUACAGUGCUCGGGCAUAAAGUGUCCAUGCCAAUCGGCAUAUCGCCAACGGCUAUGCAGCGCAUGGCUCAUCCUGAUGGCGAACUGGCUAAUGUAAGAGCUGCACAGGCAGAGGGUACAAUAUACACGUUAAGUACCAUAGCAACAAGUUCUAUCGAAGAGGUAUCGGAGGCAGCCCCUGACGCCAUUAAGUGGUUCCAACUCUACAUUUAUAAUGAUCGAGACCUUACCAGAAAUUUAGUUUUACGCGCCGAGAAAGCAGGAUUUAAAGCAAUAGCUCUAACAGUGGACACUCCGUUAUUUGGAAUACGACGAGCCGACAUUCGUAAUAAUUUUACCUUGCCUCCCCAUUUAAGAUUGGCGAAUUUCGACGGGCAUUUGUCUACUAAAAUUCAGAAAGCUCAGGGCGGUGGAAGUGGCCUUAAUAAAUACGUCGAAAAUUUAUUUGACAAAAAUUUAAACUGGGAUGAUAUUAAAUGGCUUAAAAGUAUCACAAAUCUCCCAAUAGUGGCAAAAGGAAUAAUGCGAGCCGAUGACGCAAUCGAGGCGGUGAAAGCGGGCUGCUCCGGCAUCCUGGUGUCCAACCACGGCGCCCGGCAGCUCGACGGGGUCCCGGCGACUAUUGAAGUAUUGCCAGAGAUAAUAGAAGCUGUGAAGAGUUACGACGUCGAAGUUUACUUGGAUGGUGGCGUUACUACUGGAACUGACGCAUACAAGGCUUUGGCUCUCGGUGCACGAAUGGUGUUCGUGGGGCGGCCGGCGCUGUGGGGGCUGACUGUAGGCGGCCAAGCCGGAGUUCAAAAGAUGCUGCAAAUACUAAGAUCAGAACUCCAAUUUGCAGUACAAAUUGCAGGCACGCCAACCAUUAGCGACAUAACGAGGGACAUGGUGUGUCAUCAAUCCGUGUACAGUAAACUGUAACGUGACGUGAAACGACGAAAAGCUGGAUUAGGAAGAGUACGGGACAAAGACAAUG